AUGCGUUUUACUUCCCUUCUGGCCUUGGCCGGUGCUGCCGCUGCGCAGUACAAAGGUUUCAACUAUGGCGCAACGAUGAAUGAUGGCACCGUAAGGACUCAGCAAGACUUCGUGAACGAGUUCAACCGCGCAAAGAGCCUUCAGGGUACCUCUGGCUUCACGAGUGCUCGUCUAUACACUAUGAUCCAGGGUGGCACGCCAAACACAGUCUCUUCUGCCAUCCCAGCUGCGAUCGACACCCAGACCUCUCUACUACUAGGCCUGUGGGCCAGCGCCGGCGAGGAUGCUUUCAAGCAAGAAUUGACGGCUCUUGAGAACGCCAUCAAGCAGUAUGGCACUCGCUUCACUUCCCUCAUUGCUGGUAUCUCCGUUGGCUCUGAGGACCUGUACCGCGUAUCGCCCACUGGCAUCGAGAACAAGAGUGGCGCCGGCUCCACCCCAGAUGCGCUAGUCAGCUACAUCAAGCAGGUUCGCAGUACCAUCUCAGGUACCGCAGCAUCUGGCGCAAAGAUUGGUCACGUCGACACUUGGACUGCGUGGGUUAACGGCUCGAAUGCCGCUGUCAUCAAUGCUGUCGACUGGCUCGGGUUUGACGGCUACCCAUACUACGAGACGACUGUUUCCAACAGCAUUGCCAAUGGUGCAUCGCUCUUCUUCGAGUCGUACAACGCCACUGUCGGUGUGGCUCAAGGGAAGGAGGUUUGGGUCACAGAAACGGGUUGGCCAGUCCAAGGUCCCACCGCAGGUCAAGCCGUUGCAAGCGUCCAGAACGCCGCGACCUACUGGCAGGAUGUGGCUUGCCGUAUCCUGAGCAACACCAACACCUGGUGGUUCACUCUCCAUGAUCCACAGCCGAGCACUUCCGACAUCUCCUUCGGCCUUGUCGGCAACGACUUGAACACCGCCCCACUCUACGACCUGACCUGCAAGAACGGCAACACUAAAGGCAAACCCGCUGCCAGCACUUCGGCACCAUCUUCCAGCGCCGCUUCACCAACCAAGCUAACCAACGUCGCCGACUCUUCCACCAUCAAGAUCGCCACCACACCAAACAUCCAGUCCCCGCCUCCUGCUAGCCAGUAUGCCAGCGGCAAAACCCAAACCGUCUACAGCUCCACCGUCGUCACCAUCACAAGCUGCCCCGGCGGCUGCCCCAAGAGCCAAACAACCCUCGCAACCAAGCCAGCCACAUCCCCCGCCGGCUCCGCCGCAGUGUCGACAAUUCCAGCCGCCAGCGCCACCGCUCCAGCUAGCAACGGCAAGGACUGCCCAACGAACCUCAAAGGCCAGUACGAGUACCCACACCUGAUCGUCCCCGUCGACUCCCAAAACCCUAAGAAGGCUUACGGCACCUCAUACAACGGCACCAUCACGCCAACAAUUAGCAGCAUUUUCAACUUCGACAUUCCCGCCUCCGACGCGGGCAAGACGUGCUCACUCGUCUUCCUGUUCCCGGCGCAGAAGCAUUUGCAGACGAGUGCGUACAAGUUUAACGGUGAGGGUGGACUCAAAAUUUCUGAGUUGAAGGCGCCUGCUACUGAGCAGACUACGUAUGAGACUGUUCCGGCUGCGAGUGGGGGUAGCAAGAUUGUUGGAGGUGUGGCGCCGGGGAAUGAGUACCUGGUUUUCAGCCGUGCGUGUGCUGCUGGCCAGAGGAUCGCAUUCGAGCUCUCGAGCACCGACGGACUUGACCUGAGCUUCUUCCAGGACUAUAAUCCGAGCGCUAUUGGGGCUUAUGUCACUGUUUGCUAG